AUGGAUACAAUUGAAGAAAGAAGUACAAAUAGUAAUAAAUCUAACAGGAUUAGUUUACUGCGUUUGGGUAUUGAUCACUUAGUUUCUGAAGAUGAUGAAAUAAUUAACAUUCAAUGUGGCAGAAUAGGGAAGAUAGAAAAUUUGUACAAAUGUAAGAAUUUAAAAGCUUUAAUAUUAAUAUCAAAUCAUAUUGAGAAAAUUGAAAAUCUUAAUGAGCUUAAAAGUUUGAAUAUCUUAGAGUUGUAUCAAAAUUCUAUUAGAAAAAUUGAAGAUUUGGAUGAGCUAAUUAAUCUUGAAGUAUUGGAUUUAUCUUUUAACAAAAUACGAAAAGUUGAGAAUCUUGGUAAUCUUAGAAAUUUGCGGAAAUUAUUCUUAUCAAGUAAUAGAAUAAGUAUAAUCGAGGGGCUAAAUAGUAAUACUAAAUUAACACUCCUAGAGCUUGGAGGAAAUAGAAUAAGACAUAUUGGGAACAUUGAACAUCUGAUACAACUUGAAGAGCUAUGGCUAGGUAGAAAUAAAAUAACAAACUUUGAAAGCUUACCAAAUCUUGUGAAAUUAAAAUCUUUGAGCUUACAAAGUAAUCGUCUAUCAGAAUGGGCCCUAUCAUUUCAGCAUAAGUGCUGUAACUUAAAAGAGUUAUACUUAAGCCAUAACAAACUACCUAGCCCCCCAAUUGGAUACUUUAAAAACUUUAAGCAGCUUCAUACCCUAGAUUUAGCUGGAAAUGAAAUAAGCAAUUUAGAAGAGAUUUCAAAUAUAAUGAGUUUGGAAGAAUUAUGGCUAAAUGAUAAUUGUAUAGAUAGUCUUGAUCAAAUUGAACUUCUUAAGAAAUUAAAAAAUAUGAAGACACUUUAUAUUGAAAGAAAUCCCUUACAACUAAACUUAGGACCAGCAUAUAGAAUGAAAAUCUUAGAAAUAUUACCAUGGAUAAGUCAAUUGGAUGCGUUAUCUAUAAAUAGUAAUAUAUAUUUGACUAGCGAUUAA